AUGGGAGCAACCGAAUCGAAAGUGGCACCAUCAUCAAAGCCAACUGGCAAAGUAGUGAUCAAGGGGAAGGGCAAGAACAAGAAGGCCGUCGCCACAGCAGUCGCAAAGGCAAAGGUAGGCAGCGCCGCCAAUGCAAGCGCCGAUGGCAAGGAAGUUCGAGUUGUUAGACCAAACGACUACGAACUGGCCAUCAAGUCAUGCAAAGAACUCGAAUUCAUUCUAGAGACCGAAUUUGGCAGCACUGGCGCCACCCUCCAUGAAAUGAUCACCAAUGCCAAUGCGUCUCUUCCGAUCGAGUUGAUCAUGAACAUGCGCUACGUUGCUACGAUUGGAAACAAUCUGGUGCACGAAAAGUCAUUUAGUUACAUUCCUGAUCAGGAUGAAUUCGUCAAGCGAUAUCAGAGAUCUGUGAAUGCCCUUCAGGAGAUUUCGCAACAGCGGCGAAUUGUCGAGCGAAGGGUGGUCGAGGCCAAGAGAAAGAAACGUGAGGCCGAGAUCCAAGAAGAGUUGAUGAAUGAGGACAGAGAGUGGCUCGACAAACAACACAGAGAAGUUACUGCACAAAAGGCACGAAAACUUGAACUUGAGAAGGAAAAGGAAGCUCUAGAAAAGCAGAGGCGAGAAAUAGAAGAAUUGCAGGCCAAGAACCGUUUGUGCGCCUGCUUCUGA